AUGGAUACCAACAGGCUGCAACUGCCAGCAGAUUUCAAAUACACCACUAUGGAGGUUCUGGACAAUGGUUUCAUAUUACCUCGUCCUCCCGCUAGAGUCAAAUCGAAAUUGGAAACAAUUGAGCCAGAGGCCUACUGGGGCUAUCAGAGUGUUUCUAGCACACACAACGCGCCCAUCAACGGUUACGCGGUUGAUGUGUCUGUUGAAUACGAAUUUGGGUUUCUACACGAAGAUGCGCAACAUCUAAUCAAUCUCAAGGGCACCUGGCUAGACAGCAUCAACCUCUUCCAUGUAAGUGCGAGUGAUUCGGUACAGAAGCACCUGGAGGAAGUUAUGUUCCGGACGAAAAUUGCCAUGGUAGACAAUGUGGAUCCUCAGUUCUUUGCCCACAUGAAACGGCGUCGAUACACUAUCAUGCCUAUUAACACUGGCGACCACUGGAUGACAUUGUUCUUACAUCUGGAGCGCGAGGCGGGGGUCAAGAGAAGGGAGGGCUUUACCAAGGUGAAGUCUGUGACAGUGAUUGAUCCGAAUCAGCACGUGGAGAUGGUUGGGAUUCUGGAGCGGAGGGUAGAGCUCCUCCUCGAAUCCAAAGGCUUCACAUUUGCAAAAGGCUAUCAACGACGGCACAUAAAAACCGUAUUGCAGAAAGACAUGCAUUCAUGUGGCCUACACGUCUACAGUACAAUGAAAUCGCUUCUGCACCGCGUCGAUCACAUGGUCAGACGCGAAAAGGUAGAGUACUCAGAAACUCUGUGGGAGCCUUUGCAUCAGAAGCGCUUUGUCGCAGAGAAAGUGCGCGCAAAGAUGCGUGGGAUAUGUGCCGAGGUUUUCCUAAAAGAGCACAAAGGUAAUGUCAGAGCUGUGUUCGUUGAGACGAGAGGUGUGAUACCGCAUGGCCAGCAAAAGGCAGUUCCAGCAUCAAGCAUCCUCUACCCUAACUCCGUAGCUAAGCGGGUUGAUUUUGAUGUAGAGCAUAGAUGUUCCACCUUAGGCAAGCGAAAGCAGAAUUUCAACGACACUGAUGACGAGAGCGAUCAUGAAACACCUGCGGUGCUUGAAACUGGAUUCACUCAAUUAUCAGCCCGUCCUAGAAAAAGAAGAUACCCGGGAAAGGUAAAGGACUGA